GUAUUUCUCCUUAGGAACCUGCUCACUGCUCCUUGGCUAAUUUUAACCUGCCAGUUUAAAACACAGACCUGAUAGCGACGUUAUAAAACCAAGGAGACAAAACGACACGUCUGGCCGGCGAUUUGGAUAGAAAAAUCAGUCAAAUAUGAGUCACCGUUCUCGCGGCUCCAGGGUCCGGCAGCAUCUCCACUGUGACUCCUGCUACAGCCGGCGCUGCAGGGCUCGGGUGGAGCCUUCUGCCAGCUGCACUCUCGUUCCCUGCCGUCUGCUUUGCGGAGCGGUUUUCCACCUGUGCAAAGAGGAGGAUCACCUGCUGCUGUGCCCCAAUGUGAGGGUGCCGUGCCUCAACGCCGAGUACGGCUGCCCGGUCCAGCUGCCCCGCUCCUCGCAGGCGGCUCACCUGCAGGUGUGUCCGGCCAGCGUGGUUUGCUGCUCCAUGGAGUGGAACCGCUGGCCUUCCAACAUCGCCUGUUCUCAGCCGCACACAGAGCUGCUAGAAAACCUGCUCAGGGAACGAGAGAGGUUUGGAUGUCUGGACCUGGCAAUGGCUCUGCAAGACCAGGAUUCUCUGUUUCACUCCAUCAAGAUGAAAAAACUGUUCCCAGAACUGAUCCAGACUGCAGAGGAAGAGGCGAGGGAAGAACGGAGGCAGGAGGAGGAGAUGAAGAAGGAGAAGGAGAAGAAGAAACAGGCUCUCAUGGAGAAGGAAGCAGGAGAGAGAGCAGCUGCAAAAGAAGCAAGGGACAAAAUCUGGGAAGCAGUUAACAUGAUUAAUGUGAAUUUCCCUGAUGAGAAACAAGAUGAGGAUGAAGAGGAAUAUGAAGAAAAUCAGCCAAUGUUGUCUCAAGAGGAGAGGGAGGCCAUAGCCAGAGCAUCAGGAGUGGAUGCUGGUCUGUUGGAGAACUACAACGCCUGGGAGCGCAUGUUCAGCAUGGAGAUGGGAGGCUGCAGAGAAUCCGAGGGCACGGCUGCAGCAAGUAGAGGUCUGGCCAGAGGAAGAGGGAAAAGUCUUGGUUCACUGAAGGAGGAGGAGGCAACCUGUGCUGGUGCAGCAGCAUCCACCAGCAGUGCAUGCUCCUCCUCUCUUACUGGGAAACCCAAAAAGAAGAGCUUUGUGUACGGAAAUCUAGAGCCGAUGAAAAUCAUCACUGUGCGCACGUUUAAAAUCCCGACCAGCUUCACAGCCAGGCAGGGCCGCAUCCGUAACCCGGGUUUCUACAAGAGAGAAAACGUAGCAGUGGACACCAGCGACCUGGCUGUGGCGCCAGGCGACAUGCCAGUGUGGGAGGAGGUUCAGGCCUCCCUGCUGUGCUCCCUGGAGAGGGAGCGGAGGGGUCACCUCAUCGCGGAGAGCACGUCCUCGGACAGCCUGCUGACGGAUGAAGGAACGCAGACCUACAGCUUCCUGUCUGCUCCUUUCCGCAGGAACACGUCGCUGGCUGACCUGACAGCUGGAAAACCGCUGGAGAUGCAGCUGCAGCUGCAGGUGGAGAGCGUCACCAGCCGCCACAACAAGGCCAGUUCCGCCUUCACCUUCCUCUGCGGACACACCUUCCAGCGCACGGAAUACGGAAAACACUUCAAGAACAUCCACAGCGACAUUCAGAUGUGUGUGAACGGCUGGUUUGAACAGCGGUGCCCCCUAGCGUACAUGGGAUGUACCUACAGCCAGAGGAGGUUUCGGCCUUCCACAUUUGAAGCCACCGUCAACUUCAAUGAGGAGCUGGGCUGCUUUGGCCUGCACCCGUUCAUCCCGUUUUCUCAGCCUACGGGUGGAGGUCACACCGAAGGAGGGGAGGACCGGCUGAGCUCGCUGCCCUACGAGGUGCUGUGCCACAUGGCCAGCUUCCUGGACAGCCAGUCCCUGUCCCAGCUGGCCCUGGUGUCCCGCCUCAUGAGGCAGGUCUGCUCCUCCCUGCUGCAGGAGAGAGGGAUGGUGACACUCUGCUGGGAGAGGACGAGCUCCUCACGUGGGAGAGCCAAGUGGAGGGUUUCACACAGGGUGUGGCAGUUUAGCUCCCUGUUCUCUCCUGUGGACGCCUGGAGCUUCAGAGACGUCCCGUCCAUCGCUGAGCAUCUUAAAGUUUGUCCCUACAACGAGGUCGAGUCCAAGACUGAGAAAAUUCGCUUGCCUCGUGUUCAAGAAGAAAUUAAACCGAAGAAGAGCUGCAAAGGUCCCACGCUGGUCACACUGUUCCAGGAGAAGAGGAUCAUGAUGUAGGAGCUGCUGUUGGACCUCAAUUCAAUUCAGUUAAAUUAUACUUUAUUAAUCCCAAAAGGAAAUUAAAUAAUGCAUGUUUUCUCUCUCUUUCCAUAUCCAUUAAUUAGAAAUGGAGCUUAAACUGGUGCAGAAAAUAAUUAUGUAUUAGUUUGAAAUAAAACAACUCAAGGUU